UUAAUCUUAAAUUUUGUUUUUAGUUCGGCGCACUGGCGAGUCCCGACGUUUAGUCUGCCUUGUUUGUCAAACUUGCUGGCUCACGAGUGGAAAAGGAUGGAGUAUCUGGGCAGGAAGACCUUAAAAUGUUGAAUUACAUCCCAAGAAACUCCAGUCCAAUUCCAACAAUGGAGAUCACAUCUCUACCAUUCCUCAUCUUCUUCAUAUCCACAUUUCUCACACUCAUCCAUUCACAGAGCGACACUUCCUACUACAAUCUCUGCAAGCCCUUCGAUUGCGGCAACAUCACCUUCAGCUUUCCCUUCUCCCUAGGUGCAGAUUUUGGCUUUGGCCCACGCGACUGCGGCCUUCCCGGAUACCAAAUCUUCUGCGAAUCAUCUUCCAACCCCCGCCUCAUGCUCUCCGAUAGAUUUUACCAAGUCAAACAACUCUAUCUAUCACCACACCAUGAACAGCAAUCGUCAAACUUCAUCACCGUGGUGGACCACCCGCUAAUCAACGAUCUGAGCUCCGGCUCUUGUGUUUCCCUUGGGAACCUCUCCAUCCCCACCAAUGCUGUUGCACCGCUCAAGCUUCCCUCCUGGGGCGUCGACCUCACAUUCUUUCAGUGUUCCACUCGGCUACCUCUUCCCCAGGAUUUUCUCGAUACACUUGUGAAUAAUUUCACUUAUAAUUGUCAAGAGGGGUACGCGCUACACCUUUUGCGGGAGGUUCGUGGGAAUGAGAGUCGACUCGACUCGCCUCCACUCAGCCCAGUGCUGAUCCCGAGCGGUUGUGGGUUAGUGUCGUUGCCUGUAUCUCGUGCUAGCUUGACUAGGUAUGGGUUGUUGAAUAGCAGCGAUGGUGAGAAUAGGAUGGUGCUGAAGGCGCAUAUGGAGCUGGAGCAGCUGCUUCACGUGUUGCGUGAUGGGUUUCCAUUAGAGUGGUCCAGUUUUGGCGUUUGCGAGAGUUGCAAGAACAAGGGUGGACGAUGUGGGUAUGAUAGCAUAUUGGGGAAAGUAGAUUGUUUCUGUGAAGCCGGCCACUGCCAACAACUCCGGCACCAACAAUCCCAGCGGAAGCUUAUUGUAGGUGUUGCGGCUGGGGGCUCUUUCAUUGUAGUCGCGGCUGUUGUGCUGUCCAUUUUCGAAUUCAAGAAGAGAAUCAAGAAAUCCUAUUCAAGAAAGACCCAAACUGUGGGAGGUGGAAGAAAUGCAGAGCAGUUCAUUAAGGAAUAUCAAUCAGCCGUAUUGACCAACUAUUCAUACAAUGACAUGAAGAAGAUGAGCAGUGGCUUCAAAGAUAAGUUAGGCCAAGGAGGGUUUGGCAACGUCUACUUGGGAAAAAUGCUGGAUGGUCGCCUAAUUGCCAUCAAGAUGCUGGAGAAGUCCAACCAUGAAAUUAGCCACGAUUUUGUUAAUGAAGUAGCCAGCAUUGGUAGGAUUCACCAUGUUAACGUCAUACGCUUGUUGGGUUUCUGUUGGGACGGCUCAAAACAAGCUCUUAUCUAUGAGUACAUGCCCAGUGGAUCACUGGGGGACUUGAUGUCCAAAGAGGGUGCGAGACUCUCACUAGGUUUGGCGAGGCUUCUUGAAAUCGCCAUCGGAGUAGCACAUGGUAUAGAGUACCUGCACAAUGGUUGUGAAUCACGAAUCUUGCAUCUUGAUAUAAAACCUCAAAAUAUCCUGCUAGACCACAACUUGAAUCCCAAAAUUUCAGAUUUUGGAUUGGCAAAGGUAUACUCUCGAGAUCGAAGUGCUGUCUCAGUGACCUGCGCAAGGGGAACCAUUGGGUAUAUAGCUCCUGAGAUUUUCAUGAGAAACGUUGGGAGUCCUUCUCACAAGUCCGAUGUUUACAGCUAUGGAAUGCUCCUAUUAGACAUGGUUGGUGGGAAGAAGCAUGUUGUAUCAAAAAUGAUGGCCUCAAGUGAAUCAUACUUUCCUGAUUGGAUUCAUGACAAGGUCAUGGAAGAGGAGGGGAUGGAGGAGCCCAUCUUUUCCGUAGCAGAAGAGGAAGUGGGCAUAGCAAAGAAGAUGAUUAUGGUGGGUUCAUGGUGCAUCCAAAUGGAUCCUAGAGAUCGUCCCUCAAUGGCAAGAGUAGUGGAAAUGCUAAAUGGAAGUGCGGAAGCCAUUCAAAUGCCUCCAAAACCCUUUUUCUCUUCAUCUUCUCCUGCCCAUUUUGAGCAGGAAAUUACCCACUCUGAAAGUGAUACAGGUGCCUCACUUCCCUUGUUUGAGAGUUCUCAAAGUCAGGGGUGACGGUCCACAUACAGGGGAAGAAAGCGAAGGGAGGUGGAAUGACUCAAUGCGAUCCAUAUUCAUAACUUACACAUUUGCAUGAUGUUAUCAAUGACGGUCAAGGACAGGGCCAUUCAUGAUUGUAGACGACACUUAAAGACUUAAAUAAGAGGGUUUAAUAGUGAUCAAUUGAAGAAGUAACAAUUUUUUUGUUUUUUCA